GGUUUGACAUUUGCGGCGGACAACAUGGCGGUCUCCACGCUCGGCGCUCUGCUGCGGACAGUCCGGCAGGUGGUUCCUUCAUCAGCUUCAGGCCAAGUUCGAAGUUACUAUGUAGAUUGGAAAAUGUUGCGUGAUGUGAAGAGAAGAAAAAUGGCCUAUGAGUAUGCAGAUGAGAGGCUUCGGAUCAAUUCUCUCAGGAAGAAUACCAUUCUGCCAAAAGACCUUCAGGAAGUGGCUGAUGAAGAAAUUGCUGCCCUUCCCCGGGAUAGCUGUCCCGUUAGAAUCAGAAAUCGGUGUGUUAUGACAUCCCGUCCACGAGGUGUAAAGCGGCGCUGGAGGCUUAGUCGUAUCGUCUUCCGUCACUUAGCCGACCAUGGGCAACUGUCUGGGGUGCAGCGAGCAAUGUGGUAAUAAUCAGCUCCAGAACCUACUGAGCUUACAGGAAAACCAGUUCUGGCAAGAAGAGACUUCUCUAAUAGACAAAAACCUAGUUUUUAUGGGGGUCCAGAAUAAAGGUCUUCUCUACCUGAUGCUGUCUAUAGUUAAAUUACUUUUAAAUUUCAAAUGAAAAAGUUUGGAAGUUUCAUUCUGUCAGUGAAUUAUCUUUUCUCUUGGACUUAAUAAAUUACUGUUCCCAAGCAUAGUGUGAAGAGCAGAGUAAUAAAAAAUACUUCUGUGGAAA